AGGAAAGUAGAGACAUCUAGACGAUCUUUCUCUCUCUCUCUCUCUCUUUCCAUUUAAGUCAUUUGACGGCUUCGCUUUUGCCGUUUGCUUCGUUUCCCUUUUCUCGUCACGCACGUGUCUGUGUGACGAACGAAUUCCAUUUUUUUGGCGCACAAAGAAGUGACAAUGCCGUCCGAUGCAAAGAAAAAGCAGCAACAGAAGAAAAAGGAGGCUGCGAAAGCGAGACAAUCUGGCAAAAAACCAAUCAAUUCAGGCAAAACCAAUGAAAACGGUAAAGAAGAAAGUCCUGUGCCUGGCGAUGCUAAUGGUACCAAUGGGACUGCGCCUUUAAGUGCCGAAGAGGCACUUUGCUUGAAAUUGGAAGCGGACGCUCGACUUAAUGCAGAGGCAAGAGCCUGCACAGGAUCACUGGCAUCACAUCCUCGCAGUCGGGAUAUUAAAAUUUCCAAUUUCUCUAUUACUUUUCAUGGCUGUGAAUUACUUCAGGACACAAUGCUGGAGUUGAAUUGUGGACGACGUUAUGGUUUAUUGGGUCUCAAUGGCUCGGGAAAAUCAACUUUAUUAUCGGUACUUGGAAAUCGCGAAGUGCCUAUUCCUGAUUCAAUUGAUAUUUUUCAUUUGACAAGGGAAAUGCCAGCGAGCACUAAAAGUGCACUUGAAUGCGUCAUGGAAGUCGACGAGGAACGUGUGCGAUUGGAAAAACUCGCCGAGGAACUUAUCGAGUGCGAAGAGCAAGACGCUCAGGAGCAAUUAAUGGAUGUUUAUGAGAGAUUAGACGAUAUGGCAGCCGACACUGCAGAGGCGCGAGCAGCGCAUAUUUUGCACGGUUUAGGUUUUACUGCAAAAAUGCAGAAAACACCAACCAAAGAUUUCUCUGGUGGUUGGCGGAUGCGUAUCGCUCUCGCAAGAGCACUCUACGUGAAACCUCAUUUACUAUUGUUGGAUGAGCCCACUAAUCAUCUCGAUUUGGAUGCUUGCGUCUGGCUUGAGGAGGAAUUGAAAACAUACAAAAGAAUUCUCGUCAUUAUUUCGCAUUCACAGGAUUUCCUCAAUGGCAUCUGUACCAAUAUUAUUCAUCUUAAUAAAAAACAACUAAAAUACUACGGUGGAAAUUACGAAGCAUUUAUGAAAACAAGAAUGGAAUUAUUGGAGAAUCAGGCGAAACAGUAUAAUUGGGAACAGGAUCAAAUUGCGCAUAUGAAGAAUUAUAUUGCUCGAUUUGGUCACGGUUCGGCAAAAUUGGCAAGACAGGCUCAAUCUAAAGAGAAGACGUUGGCUAAAAUGGUUGCUCAAGGUUUAACCGAGAAAGUAGUUAGCGAUAAAGUUUUAAAUUUCUAUUUUCCAUCGUGUGGAACAAUUCCGCCGCCGGUUAUUAUGGUUCAGAAUGUCAGCUUCCGAUAUAAUGACGACAGUCCAUUAAUUUACAAAAAUUUGGAAUUCGGUAUUGAUUUAGAUACAAGACUUGCUUUGGUCGGUCCUAAUGGAGCUGGAAAAAGUACCUUGUUAAAACUACUCUACGGAGAUUUGGUACCGACGAGUGGAAUGAUUCGAAAAAACAGUCACUUGCGAAUUGCCAGGUAUCACCAGCAUCUUCAUGAACUUUUGGAUCUUGAUGUUUCUCCUCUGGAUUAUAUGAUGAGAGCAUUCCCCGACGUGAAGGAACGUGAAGAAAUGAGGAAAAUCAUUGGUCGUUAUGGUCUCACUGGACGUCAGCAGGUCUGUCCCAUUCGUCAACUUUCCGAUGGACAACGUUGUCGCGUUGUGUUUGCUUGGCUUGCAUGGCAAGUUCCGCAUUUACUUCUCUUCGACGAACCCACCAAUCAUUUAGAUAUGGAAACCAUUGAUGCAUUAGCCGACGCAAUUAACGAUUUCGAUGGAGGAAUGGUUCUAGUUUCCCACGACUUUAGACUUAUUAGUCAAGUGGCAGAAGAAAUUUGGGUUUGCGAGAACACCACAGUGACAAAAUGGCAGGGCAACAUUUUGGAUUACAAGGAGCAUCUUAAGAGCAAAAUUUUGAAAGACAAUCAGAAGAGACAGAAGGAGUUGACGAGUCGCCAAAAAUAGAGAAAACAAACAAUUGACCGAAGUGUUCCUUCAAUUUCCCAAGGUUUUCUUUCUUCACACACAAAAAAAAAUAAUAUUGUUCUUAAUCAUAGUACCGAUUUCGAUAGUUUAUAAUUCAAAUAAUCUUGCGAUCUCAAUUUCGUUGCUGCUGUGUAGCACGAAAGCAGAUCACAAACCGAUCUAGAUAAUUUAUUUAACUGACAAAACAGGUAUUAAAAAAAAUAUACAAUUUAGAUCUAUUCGCAAGUUUCACUAAAAAAAAGAAAAAUUUUGUGAAAUAGCGAAACAAAUUUUUAAAGGUUUAAAAUUGAAACUAAGCCUAUUGCUUACUGUGAAUAAUAAUAAUAAUAAUAAUAAUAAAAAAUAAUAAUAAUAAUAAUAAUUACGCAUGCUGACACAUUAAUUAAUUCACCAGAAAUGAUUUUCGCGUAGAAUUCUUUAUUAUAAAACAUUUUCUUAAAAUUUUAUCAAAAAAUAUAACAAUUUUCUUAUUCUUUUUUGUUUCUUAGAAAUAUAUCAGAUUAUCAAAUGUACGUAAAAUUUUCUGCAUAAUGACAAACCGAUAUUUAUGAAUUGUGUAUUUCAGAUUAAUAAAAAUUACACCAAUUUUUUGAAUAAAUUCUCUUUUUUAAA